GCGACCAAGACGUCCACCAAAUGCGUUUUUAUUAUGUAGAAAGAACGUACAUCAAGAAGCCAAAAGACGAGGAUCUUGCAAUAUGAGAGUUAUUAAAGUGCUCGGUGACGUUUUACCAUUAUCACAAUCAUCAACAUCAUGUAUAUCCACACCUUUAAGACCAAUGGCUUACAAGCCCUAUCAGAUCCCUUCCCCUCCAUUUUAUAAUGGUAAUUUGGAAAGGUCUUGGCAAGCUCCUUCUUCACCGGCUAAUUCGGCUAAUUAUAAUACUUCCUAUAAACCUGUUCAGGUCCCUUCUCCUCCUCUAACCAAUCAUCAUUCUGAUAACUCCGCACAAUUGAACAAUAAUAAUAAUUUUGGCGGGUUGCAAUCCUUUGAUGAUAACGCAAUAAGUGAAAUACCUGCUUUCCCACAAGACCAAAAUCAAUUAUUAACUUAUUAUUUUGAUCUUUUGACUCCUCAACAACAAUAA